CUCAUAUUCAACUAUUCAACCAUUAAAUUUGUUUUACGCAUUCUACACUCUCUUUACUAUAUCCUCACUCCGUCAUCAGCCACAUUAACACAACAUGCAUUCAAAUCAAAUCAAUACGCCGUGGUUUUAUCUGUAUAAAAUACUGGGCAUGAAAAACGACGCCACAAAGGUUGAGCUGAUUGAGGCAUACAAAAAGCACAUUGUCAAACACCAUCCUGACAACUACCCAGGAGCCAGCGACAUUAUAAAAACUAUCCAGCAUGCAUACGAGGUGCUCACAAACGACAAGACACGGUCGAUAUACGACUUGUUUUGCACACACAUUCUUUAUGGCCCGCAGGAGGAUGGAGCAGAAAAAACACAUGCUUUAGCUUACCCAAAGCCCAGCUGGGUGGUACAGAAAAAUGAUAUUGUGUACAUUGCAGACAUGUCUCUGCGCAACAUCUACAUGGGCAAAAAGUCAACAGUAAGUACAAAAGACAUGACCAUCGAAGUGGACAUUAAAAAGGGCACGAGGGAUGGAGAACGCAUCACAUACAAGGGAAUGGGCUGCCAGCAGCGAACUGGACCACCAGGAGACCUUGUCAUUAUAAUCAACCGAAUUGAAUACCCACUGUUUCAGCAGCGCAACUGCAACAUCCACUGCAGCAUUGACAUUGACCAGACAGUAGCCAGCAAGGGCGGAGAGUUGUGCAUCCGCCACCCAUCUGGGAACAUCAUCUGCUUGGAGCUAAAGCCUGGGGAAAUACGGG